AUGACGGCCCUGGGCGACGAUGGUGGCGCCAGAGUGGGCCCGGGCUUCUGGGGCCCCUCAGACGUUGGGCAGAGACCUCGGGCACCUAUUCGGACCCGACCCCGGGAGCCUGGCCGGGCACCUGCACCUGGGCAGGUGCGCGCUCAAGCCGGGUGGGCGCAGGCGCGAGGGGCGCGUGACGGGUCUGCGGGGAGCUGGGGCCGCGAGGGGCGCAGGGCACCCCCCACCCCGAGGGGUCAGCUCCGCGGGGCGGAGGGGGGGCCGUGGGGACGGAGGGCGGCCCUUCGCGGCGCACAGACGUGGGGGCCCGGGGUCCGGGCGGGAAGCGCACGCGCGCCCCCUGCCGCCUCCGCCGCGCGCGGCUCCAGGGCGGGGCGGGCUCGCCGGGGUGGGGCGGCGCUUCCCGGCGCAGCCUGGUCCCCGAGAUGCGCGAGCCGGCAUCCGCGCUGCCACCGCUCCGGGCCCGGGUGGGCUGCCCCCACGUGCGCGCCACAGCUCCGCGCAGAGCGGCCCGGCCUGAAGACGAUGAUCCCGCCAGGGGAGUGCAUGUACGCGGGGCGGAAGAGAAGGAAGCCCGUGCAGAAACAGAAGGCUGCCGCGGGGGCCGAGAGGUCGAACCCCUCCAAGCGGCACCGGGACCGCCUCAACGCCGAGCUGGACCACCUGGCCAGCCUGCUGCCGCUGCCGCCGGACGUCGUCUCCAAGCUGGACAAGCUUUCGGUCCUGCGUCUCAGUGUCAGUUACCUCCGGGUGAAGAGCUUCUUCCAAGCCGUGCAGGAGCAGUGCCCGCGGCAGCCGGCUGCCAGUGUCCCCUCAUCCGGAGACGGCGGUGCCCGAGGAGGGUCGGUCGUGCUGGAGGGACGGCUGCUGCUGGAGUCCCUCAACGGCUUUGCUCUGGUCGUGAGCGCGGAAGGGGUGAUAUUUUAUGCAUCAGCCACGAUCGCGGACUAUCUGGGCUUCCACCAGACGGAUGUGAUGCACCAAAACAUUUAUGACUACAUCCACGUGGACGACCGCCAGGACUUCUGCCGGCAGCUGCACUGGGCCAUGGACCCCCCCCAGGUGGCGUGUGGACAGCCCCUGCGCUCAGAGCCAGGAGAGGACGCCAUCCUGGGACAGCUGCUCAGGGCCCAGGACGGGCGUGCGGGGCCCUCGGAGUUCUCAGCCUUCCUGACGCGCUGCUUCGUCUGCCGCGUGCGCUGCCUGCUGGACAGCACCUCGGGCUUCCUGACGAUGCAGUUUCAAGGAAAACUAAAAUUCCUGUUUGGACAGAAGAGGAAGGCGCUGUCAGGGACAGCCCUGUCCCCUCGCCUAUCACUGUUCUGCAUUGUGGUGCCUGUCCUCCUACCCUCUGUGGCGGAAAUGAAAAUGAAGGGCGCGUUUUUGAGGGCGAAGCACAGGGCAGACUUCGCGGCCACGACGGACACAAAAGCAAAAGCUACCAGGAGUCUGUGUGAGGCAGAGUUGCGUGGAAAACCCAAUUACUUAGCAGGAAGGAACAAUGGAGAAAACGGCAUUUCGGUGUUCAGGGCACAAAUGGACGCCUGUCGCUGGGCCCGGGUCCCAGCCAGGGCCACGUGCCUGUGCCUUAGGGGCAGCCCUGACCUCGUCCUUGACCCCGAGGGGGCUGCAGGGGACAGGGCACGCCAGGAGCACGAGUGGGUGCCGAGCAGCUCCUCGGGGGUGAGGGCACGGAGGGAAAUACACGCAUACGACUGCCGCUUCCAGACACCGAGACCCAUGAGGCACCUGAACUGGGUGACAGGAAAGCACGGUCAGGACGGCGCUAAGCUGAAGCUGGAGCUCAGCAGGAGUGACCCGCUCUCUGUGCCUGUUGUUUCCCGGGUCUCCGGCUUGCCCUACCCCGACACCCCAGGCACCAUCCCUGCCGGCAGCGUCAGUGCCUUCAAGAACUCCCCCAGCUGCCACCAGCCCCCCAGUGCCUACGCCAGCCGGGCCAGCAGAGCCUUGCGGGAUGGCGUUCAGAGCCAGGUGCACCCUCCCAACUGCCCCUUCCCCCAGGGGAGCUUGGAGAGCCGGCUCCCUCAGCCUAGCGUGCAGCGCCUCGCAGCAGGAGCCUAUUCCACCGAGGACAUCAAGUUGCGAGGCGUGCCCAUGCCCCCUGGGGCCCCGUGCAACCCCAUGUUGUCCCUUGAUGUGCCCAUCAAGAUGGAGAGUGACUGUGGGUCAGAGGACGCAGCAGAUGGCUACUCCGUGUCCCCAAGCCAGGUGUGGCUGGGAGCCAGUGACAUGGCCAAGAGACAGCUGGUCACUUUCCCGACAAGGAUGCACCUGAAAACGGAGCCAGACUCUAGGCCCCAUCUGUAUGCCCCGCAUCUGGGGCACGGCAUGCCGAGGGCCCCGCCCAGGCCCGGCAGGGAGCUGGCCCCAGUCCACCCUGCACCCUGCAUGUGCCUGGAGGUUCCCCCCUGCCUCUGUGUGCGGGGCCACCAGCCCCCGGCUCUGGGUUGUGACUGCAGAGCUCCCGGAACCCCACCCGUGAUCAAGCGCGAGCCGUUGGACUCCCCACCGUGGGCCUCUCACAGCCAGGGUGGGGUGCCUGGGAUUCUCCCUAAAAGUGCCUUGGCAACACUGGUGCCAUCCACAGCCUCCGAGUACACUUUCCUGCCAUAGAGCCGGGCGCUUGUUAACAUGGCGUCCGUCCGCGCUCCAAUUUCCCCAUCAACCGGGCCAGUGGGGUUGGAACCCUUCUUUCCUGUCCGUCGCUCUGCAGUCGCACAGGCUCGCCCGUCACCUGUGGGCAGCAGAUGCAGCAGCAUAUCUGUAUUUUCUAGCAUCACCAGAGCCCUCAGGUGCAAAGUGGCCUUGAGUCUGUUCAAGUGUGACAGUGUUUCUCUCUGAGGGACUAGCAUUUUUCAGGAAGCAGCCAAAGUGAACUGCGUGGGCUCAUGGGGCGUCCUCCAGGCUGCAGCUCCGCCUGCGGCCAGUCAUGUCCCGUUGGGAAAGGGAAAGCAUUGAGGUGACGUCCUGAAGCCCCAGCUCCUCUGCGACUGCAGAGGUGGCCACACCCAGGGAGGCUGAGGCAGUAAGUUAGGGCUGUAAUUCCACUGCAGGAGACCAUGCACCCAUUCGCGGAAGGACUCUAGAAAGUUCCAGGCAGAAGGGGCACCGGUCCUCAACCUGCAGUGGAGACUCACGGGGUCGUGUCCCUUUUAGAAGCUUCUCCGGGUCUUGAAUGGGCUCAGAAGUCUCAGUGCAUCAUGUGACCGAGUCCAGAGUGGGUUUGGAGGCAGAAAAGGUGAGAACAGGAAAGAAGCGGGAAGUUGUGGUGUCUGGCUGUCUUUCCGGCUGUCUACAGUUUCUCAAAUGAGCACUCCAACCACCAUCCAAGGAGGAAUUACUAGAGACAAGACAGGUAAUGUUUAAAAAAAAAUUAUAAAGGUAAUACGUUCUGAUUGUAGGAAAUUUGGAUACAAAGCAUAAAUCAGAACGUGAAGGUGACCCUCAAUCCCCACCCACAGAUGCCUUGUGGCUGCUGGAAAAGUUCCGGGGGUCCCAGGGCAUCACCUCGGGGUGUGAAAACCAGCACCAAGCAGGAGGCAGCUGGGAGGCCCUGAGCUCCGGGGUCCCCGGCCGCCCGCCUGCCUGCCUGUGCUGGGGUGGACAGACCCCUCCACCUCAGGGACAAGGACACCUGUCCUUAAAGUCACCUCCACUUGGGCGUCUUGGGAGGUGGCAGGAGCCCCCUGGUGAGCGCUUGCUGCUCCACCAUCUGGAAUGUUCUGUGCUUAGCACAGGGUCUUUCUCUGUCAUUGGUGCUUUGGGGUGUUAGUGUUCAGCUCCCAGGUUGAUGCCGACACUGUGUGGCAGAUGCCACCCUGAGGAUCACCUGCUUCCCUCGGCCCACGCUGGCUCAGUGUCCCCUGUCCACCCACGUCUCUCCGAGCACUGCACACCUCUGCCCCCUGGGCGUCCAGGGAUUGAAUGCAGUCUCCCUGCUCCCUCCCGGUCAGAGCGAUGCCAGCCGGCCCCUCGCCAUGGGAGCCGCGUGUCCUCAGGAGCCGUCCCUUCUUCCUGCCGGGGAGGGUUCUCCUCAGCACCUCCUCUCACUUCACUCAACUGAGGGGAGGCAGGGGCUGCCCUUCCCUCUAGGGUGAACAGACAGGCGGUUCUGCAGACUUGUGAUGUGUAACUGGGCCUGACGGGGUUCAGAGCCGUCAUCGCAUGUUUGCACUGUCGCCAGACCCCACAGAACCAAAGAAGAGCUGCAGGCCUGAGCCUCACGUGAGGAGAAGCCCUUCCAAACACACUUAGCCGUCCUGCCCACCGGGGCCGUGGUGCCCUGCUGCCCCGUCCUGCCCACCGGGGCCGUGGUGCCCUGCUGCCCUACCUCCUCUCAACAUUCAUGAACCCAUGUGUCCUCAUUGUCCUUGGAUCAUGUGCACCAAGUUGGUUGCAGGUGGGCAGACAGGUGAUGCUUCAUUGAUACAGAACUCAGAACCUGGACCUCUACUCCGCAGGUUUUGUGUUCUUGAGACGUCCUUGUGCUUGGGCCCAGGCCCCUUCCCUUGCUGGGUCUGCAGCCACAGAAUGUCCUGAGUCAGCACCUCUGUUAUUUUAUGUCCAUGCCCCCCUGAAAAUGGGAAGACGAUGAUGGGGUACAGGUGGUGCAAUGUGGUCACUUCUGCUCUGAAGGGUCCUUGUCGGGACCAGUGACAGGCUGUGUGCUUCUGCCGUCUGUAGCUUUGGUCUGUGUAGCUGAAACAUGCUAAAAUCAAGAAGCGGAGGGAAGGGAGGAGACAAACACAAAUUCUAUUUUAUACUUUUGUAGUUUCUACUGGAAGAAAAAGAUUUAUUGAACUUUACAUGGAUGUGCUAUAAUGUAACUCUGGUUUUCUCAGUGCCAUUUAAAAGAGCUUUCAAAUAUAUUUCUGAUACUAUAGUUCCAUUACGUUUGCAAUAUUGGUGUAAAAUAAAUCACGUUAAUAUGUGUUUACCAUAAAUGGAAGCAUCUACUUGAUGUUUCAAAUGAAGUCACUUUAUUUCCUUUAAAGUAUGUGUUGGUGACCUUACAUUCUAAGAGUCUUUCCCCACUGGAUGGAAGGCAGUAAUGAAAGUGAACGUGAACUCGGAGCCCAGUCACAGGGAGGCCGCCUGGGCAGCCCUUGCUGUGGCCCAGCAACGCUUCUCAGCACUACCUCCUUCAUCCGCCAGCCCCUCUCCUGCCCAGCACUGAGGGUGGGUGAACCUUCAGGACACCCCAGGCUUGACCUGUCCUAUAGGGAGCAGACCCCCGACCCCGUGGGGUCAGCCCUGCUGGACCCAGGCCCUGGUGGCAGGUGUUUGGUCAUCCCUGCGGGGACAAUGGUCAUCACGGCCCAGGCCCAGGGACAGUGGUUUGGUUUCCUUCGUUUGGUCAAAGAGCACCCCCAAAACUGAACAAGCUUCAGGUGCCCUGGACAGAGCAUGAUCUGCCUCUGCUGGCAGGUCCAGCCUUUGUGGUCCUGAGGCUCCUGUGUCUUUCCCAGGGGAGAGCGGACCAGCCAGCCCCUGUGUGCUGGGCCACGCCCAGCUGCUCCCUCUGCCCACCCUCUGUCCCCAUGCCCCUCCCUGUCUUGCCCGUACUCUUCAGACUCACUCUGCUGAGACCUGAGAUGGGGCCACCCACUCUCACUCCAUCACAUGACUACCCCCCUUCUGUGGGGACAGCCAGGUAUGGGGGUCAAUCUCAGACCCCCCCGAUGUGCUUCUUGGGGCUGCGGGCACCCCAAGAGUGCUGCCAACGGUCCUGCUCAUGCGUGCCUCCGUCUGUUUCAGCUGCUGUAAGUACACCACAGAUGGACACUUAUUUGUCACAUUGUGGAGGUGGGACCUGGAGAUCAGGGUGCUGUGUCCUCACUGGUGGGAGGAGGGUCUCUUAGGACACUCAUUCUUGCGACCUAAGCACCUCCCAUGGCCCACCAUCUCACACUGUCACCUUUGGUGUCAGGUUUCAGUGAAUGAAGUUUGGGGGACACAAACAUUCAGACCAUAGCAACACCCCACCAGCACCCCUGGGGCUCACGUCCCCUCAACACUGGGUGUUGUCAGACGCUUUGGUUUUGUCCUUCAGGGGAUGUGAGAUGGCAGUUGUUUCAUGUAUUUCCUUCUGCCAUUCAACAGUAGUGGUUCAGUCCCUGUUGAAUGCCAGGCCCUGUGAUGGGGACACAGCAAGGACACGGACAUCAGUGCUGUGCUGGAGCUGACACCGUGUGUGCACCCACGUGUGCACGGGGGAAGGGAAGAGAAGUGACCACAGAACCACCAAGUUCUGUAGUGCAGCACAAGGGGACAGGUGCUACACAAACACAUUGGGGGGCGGGGGGCACCUGGUGGCAGUUUUGUGGGAAGGCCGGCUGGCAGGCUGCCUUUGAGCCAAGACCUGAGGUGACCUGCAGGUGAGGGGACAGGGAGGGGAGGGUGGGACAAGGUCCUGCAGGGCUCGCAGGUGUGAAGGGACAGCAGAUCAGUGGGAACGCCCCUGGGCUGUGGUUGGACGGUAUGCAUGGCCUUCUUAAGGAUGCUGGCCUGGCCGGGCAGCACCCGCCUGGUUUCUUUCAUUUAAGGAUAUUUUAAAAUCAUACAACAGUUUGAGAUUUUAGCACAGCAAGCUGUCUCUUUGUAGCCUAUGUAUUUAGCAUCUUAAGAAAAUAAUUUUUCUGUGACAGUGUCUUUGACAUUAAGCCCAUUUUGUCUGAAACCGGCUUUCGCAGCCCCAACUGGCCAUGUGCAAACCUCCUCCACGCCUAACCGUCCCGUUCUUUAUUCAUGAGGUUUUCUCAUUCGUUAACUCUUUUGCUGCUUUAAAAUCCAUCCACUUGUGUUCUGAUAGUUGAUACAUUUGGACAUAUCUCUACUUGUUUUGUGUUCACACUUACGCAGACCGUUUGGCGUUUCCUCCUUUCUUACUGUCCACAUGGGAGCACGUGUUUCCCGUGCAUCUCCCCCCAUUUGUUUGGCGGUCACAACUGUUUCUUUGGUGGUUAUGGUCAACAUGUGGAUUUAGCAAAGUGUAAGUGGGACCAAAUCAAGGUCUCUGUUCCCCCACAACACACAUGGGUCUCAGGACGCUGCAGAGCAGGCCGUCUCACUGCUUUCGGGGUUCUGUUUCCUUCCCCGGGUCCACUCCCGCACUGACAGUGCACCCUUUGAACAUCCUGGCUUCAUGGAAGAGUCUCAGGGCACUCCUGUAGAGCUGUGGCCCUAUCUGCCCCAUGUGGGUGUGAAAACCCCACCCUGGGCGUCAGCACCCCCACAUCCUUGCUCCAGCAGCAGUUUUGCAGUUUUCACUCCCCUCACUCUCUCCUCCCUCUGCUUCUGCCCCCUGGUCAUUUCCUGUGCUUGCUGGUGAAUUCUCCUUUGCAUUUAAGAGUGAUUGCCAUUUUUAUCCAGUAUUUUACAGGAGGCUUUUUUCAGUUGAUUGGUUUGCCAAACAAGAUUUUUAAUCAAGGUUUUGUGUUUUUAGUUUUAAGGAAGAAAAAAAUAAAGUCCUUUAAUAAAGCACCCUACUUUGUUUUUUAGA